AGAAUAAUGCACCCACAAUUCACCAUUGAUGCUUGACAAUAGAAAAUUAUUCCUGAUUCCCAUUUCAAGCUUCCUGCAUGAUCCAUGUACAAUGUUGAAAAUCUUUCCAACCUGGCCCACAUUAGUUGAUUGAAUACCCUUAUAAAUUCUCCAGACAGGUAUAUGUCAAGUAUCUCAACCUCUGGAAAAAAGAUCUCUCAAGAUGCGCCGUAGUGGACUGUCCAGCCACCUAAUGUGCCGCAAAGCUGUGCAAAAUUUUGCAUAUCUUAGUGGCUGCUUCUUCUGCUUUCUGCUGGGGAGUUUCCUGAGCCUCAGCACCAUGGACCCCAGCGUGUGCGACCUACAGCUGUGCACCAAACGUCUGCAACACAUGAGCGUGGAUGACACCAGCCUCUGGCAAGGUUACUGGGACAAAAAUCGGGUGGGGCAGCGAAAAAGUGUUUUCCUAGUAAUUCUCAUCAUUUCUGCACCAAAGAACUUUGAGCUGCGCAAUACCAUUCGCCAAACUUGGCUCAAGGAAGAAGGCAGGGAUUGUUUACAUUAUUUUGCUGUUGGAAUUGACGGUUUGUCUGAGGACAUGAAUGUUACUAUACAAUCAGAGCAGAGAAGGUUUUCUGAUAUGUUGUUUUUACCGAACUUGAAGGAUUCAUACUCCACAUUGAGCCAGAAGUUGCUCUCGUCGGCUGUACAUAUACACGAGAACGUGAGAUAUCGCUUCCUGCUGAAGUGUGAUGACGACUCGUACGUACAACUGGACAGACUUGUGUAUGAGCUAAGGUCUAUCCCGUACAAGCUAAGGGUAUAUUGGGGUUUCUUUGACGGACGGGCCACUCCGUUCAAGGAAGGUCCAUGGAAGGAAGACAAGUGGGUUCUGUGCGAUAGAUAUCUGCCGUAUGCUCUUGGAGGUGGGUACAUUCUCUCGCAUGACCUCGUUGAGUUCAUAGCAAGCAAUAGCAAGUGGUUCCAGUUAUACAACAGCGAAGACGUUUCCUUGUCUGUGUGGCUAGCGCCCCUACAGCUCCACCGCAUCCACGAUACCCGGUUUGACACAGAGUACAGGUCUCGGGGCUGUCACAACGAUUACAUUGUAACUCACAAGCAGACAAUCCAGAGCAUGAGAGAUAAAUUCAACCAUAUUCAGUUAGACGGUACCAUGUGUAAAAAUUCAUUCAAAUCGCGAUCAUCCUACAUCUACAACUGGGAUGUUCCGCCCUCCAAAUGUUGUAUAAGGAAUGACUCUUCUAUACCGUAGUUUUUCACUAAUUUUUGAUCACAAAUCAUCUGAUUAUUCUCAAAUUGACUUAGAAAAAUUUGCUUUCUUUAUUCUAUUUAUUCGAAAAAAAAGCCUUCAUAUGGAAGUAAAUGGCCGGCAUGUUUGCGGAUUUAAAUUUAUAGUUAUUCGACGUACGCGUGAUAAGACUCCUUCUUUAAGCGUUGCUGGCUUGCUGCUGUAAGCAUAGGGCAUUUUUUCAUUAAUCAAUUUGGUUGACUUUUUGUAAUUUUAUAAUUGACUUGAAGCUAACUUAUUGCUUAAACUUGUGUAAAUAUUAAAAUGAAACUAAUAAUGUCGUAGUGUUUAUUUACAAUUAAUUUUAUCGUUGGGCUUCCUCGUGAUAUGUAAUGUGUCACAGUUAUGUGUUCUUUACUUUUACUCGUCAUUAAUAUUAAAAUGAGUCCAGGCCAUUGAAGCCUGGGUCAUACAUCAUAUACAAGUCAGGUCUUCAUUGUGAUUCUCAUGGUAAGGAGGCCUUCUCAUUUACGUUCUAAUAGCCAGCCGUUGUGCAUUAAAGUUUCUAAUUCAAUUUUGAUGGUCUGUCUUCUGAAGAUUUACUACCUUUCCCUCCUCGAUGGUGAUCUGAAUUACCAAAGAUUUAUAUGUUAUAUAACCGACGGAAUGACGGCUUGGAAUUUCGUUCCAUAGGUUAUUAUGAGGUAAUGAUGUCUGAUAUCAUUUCGUUUAGUGUCUAGGUAAUGAACUAAUAAUGUAUGGGAUCAUGAUAUCGUUCUUACUGCUGUAUGCCUUGCAUCAAAUGUUGCCAGUUUGUUACUAAGUAUCACCUCGUCCAGACGCUUGCCAGUGAAUCAAAAUAUUGUAUUUUAAUCAAUGUCGU